AGUGCUGUAACCAGGGUAGCUGGCCAGGCAUUGAAUUUCAAACAAAACGUGCAGAUCAGAGGGGGAGCUGUUUGGAAUUCAGCAACAGGCUGGAAGUCUAGAUGACUUGCCCCUGCUUCUAGGACUUUAAUUUCCCUGUUGGCUUUAAAAUGGACACUUAAGCACUGGCAGUUGACAAGAUGAUCAUUUUUUUGUACGUGGUAGCAGCUUUUAGGGGGACAUUUUGUUGCUGGUGGUGCAGACCAUAAACAGUAAGAGGACCGCUGUCAUCUCAGGCUGUUGGAAUCACUGAUAACAGGAGCUAUCCUGCUGGCAGUGGGAGUAUGGGGGAAGUUGAUGCUGGGCCCGUACAUCUCUCUGAUAGCCGACAACUCCACCAACGCCCCGUAUGUCCUCAUUGGCACUGGGACCGUCAUCAUCGUUUUUGGCCUCUUUGGAUGCUUCGCCACCUGCAGAGGAAGCCCAUGGAUGCUGAAACUGUAUGCCAUGUUUCUGUCGCUCGUCUUCCUCGCUGAGUUAGUGGCUGGGAUCUCUGGAUUUGUGUUUCGUCAUGAGAUAAAGGGAACCUUUCACAGGACGUACACCGACGCGGUCCUGAAAUACAACACUGAGGAUGAGGCGAGCCGUGCUGUUGAUAACCUGCAGCACAAGCUGCGUUGCUGUGGAGUGUAUAACUACACCAGCUGGCUUUCCAGUGUGUAUUACCCAUCCAACGGCAUCCCAGCCAGCUGCUGCUCUAACCCCUCUGACUGCAACACAGAAGACCUCCGUAAUACAACUAUAGCCCCGAGCAAGGUCUACCACCAGGGCUGCUAUGAGCUGGUCACUUCAUUUAUGGAAACCAACAUGGCCAUCAUUGCAGGAGUGACGUUUGGGAUUGCCUUCUCACAGCUGAUUGGUAUGUUGCUGGCCUGCUGUCUGUCCAGGAUCAUCACAGCCAAUCAGUAUGAGAUGGUUUAGCUGAUGUGACGUGGCAGGGAGAUGAAGAGAAGAACCAACAAAGAGUCUUGACACAUGAUAUGAGUAAAUUCCCCCAAAACACUGUCCCACAUCUGAAGUGGAAUUGACCUCCCUCCGUCUCUCUGCCUGUGAUCUCAGUGUAAUAUCUAAAUGUAUCUUAUUGUAAAGCACCAUUCCUUUACUCACUGCUGUUGCAUCUAAGCUUUCUAUACCACACGUCACACUGCUGCUUGAUGUAGAAGUUGCUCACUAGCACAUGUCUUGGAUCAGCACGGCCCGCAGCUGUCGGGUAGACCGGAGUUGUCUGAGCUGAUGGCGGUGUUGGUCUCAGACAUGUGACUGGCUGCAGCAUGUCAUCAGAAGACCACUGCACAUCUUUGUACAGACUGUCAUGACUAAAGCUUGAAAGUAAUACUUAAAUAGCUAUGUUUAGUUUUGCAUUUGACUUUGCUAUUGCUCACCAUUGUAUAUUCCUAUGGUUGUGAAAUGUUGUGAACUGACUGUACUGAGGGCGAUGUUUGAAGAUUCUAUGAAGAGGGAGAAAACUGACGACAGAAAGAAAAGGGGGAGCUUCUUUUUUUUUUAUCUGUAGACAAUGUACAAUAUGUUUUUGACAUGAAUAUUUAAUUUAACUUAUAGACAGAUUAUAGAUAUAGAUUUAAGAUUUAAGUAUCAGUAUUUGUUAUAACUGUUGAUUUUGGAGCUCAAAUGCAGCACAUUAGAUUGUCAAAUGUGAACCGUUCAGUUUUACUUGAAUUCACAGCUUAUUUUUACACUGUACAUGGUAUUCAGUGACAAAUCAUUUCUUUUUACCAAGGAAAGGGAAGUAUAUUACUCUGGCAAACAAAUAAAUGACAUGCCGCUUCUGGACAAAAGGCCCCGACACACCUAAAAGUAACUUAAAAUAACAAAAGCAUUUUUAAAAUAGGGAGAAAGGAGCCUCGUUUAUCCCCACUCUGCACCUUAACUUCUGUUCUUGCACUAUGUAUGGAACUUUGGAGCUUGUUUAUUGUUUACUCUGCAAGACGAUCAUAACUUCAUGGUAGUCAGCAACCCAAACUUCCAGUAUCAGGCCCAGAAUGUUCAAGAGUAAUGUUAAACUACACAUUACUUUAAAGGAAACGUCCAAAAUAGGGUUUUGAGUUCAGUGAGAGCUCUGGGACAGAGGUUGAUGUUGUUUUCCAUACAUUAAAACUGCUUGGACCUGGAGCUCAGCAGAUUUAACAACCACUUGGUCCUGCAGAGGGUGCUGUUUCUCAGCAAAAGUUGCUUUAAGUGAUAGUGCAGAGAGUCCUUCAAACUUUUUCCAUGGUGGACAUUAUAACUUGUCAGCAUAAAUAGAAACAGGUGUAAAUGACAUUUAUAGCUGGCACCGUACCAGGAAACCUUGAAACUGUCAGCUAAAUGGAAUGCAGCCAUUUGAAUUUCACUUGUGCUUUUCCUGCUUUCUUUGACAAGUUAAAAUGUCCAUCCAUCUUCUACUGCUUUAUCCUCCACAUGAGGGUCGCAAGGGGCGCCGUGCCAAUCUCAAGUGACAUAGGGCGAAAGGUGGGGUCACACCCUGGACAGGUCACCAGUCCAUCACAGGGCCACAAGAGACAAACAACCACACACUCUCGCUUCUUCCCUAAAAUGAACUAAAGUGUCCAUUUAUUUAUGGAUCCCUAGGUGUCAAGUGAAAGCGCUCACGUUGUAAAUGCUGGUGUGGCAGGGCCUCUUGAAACUCCACAACCCAUUUAAAUUUGAAUGAAUGGCUGCGCUCCUUACGGCAGCUUUUCGGCGAGUUGUCAUCUAAACACGUGUGAAGCGCGUGUGGCUGAAAAAGCAAAGUGGAGAGACACAGUACGUGAGGCUCCACCAGUGCUCAUCUGGUAUUGACAGUAUUCUAUGUAGUGCAUCAACCACAUGCCUCCAUCUUCAGCACCAUCUGUAGAUAUGUACUGGAAAUGUAAUUUGUAUAAUGAAAUGUUUCUCAUUCAAAUAUGCUAAUGUGUAAAAUGUCGUGUCGAGAGUUUUGCUGUUUAAUCUGUAUUUGUUUGAUAGUUCAUAGGAAACUUGCACUGAGGAAAGUAAUUGUGGCCAAUGUUUUGUUGGGCGUAGCACGUAAUCAUUUGAAUUUAGCCCCACAUUUAUUAUGAUUUGGUUGGCAUUAUGUUCUACUUAUUAUCAUUAUUAUUAUUAUCGUUGUUGUUUUCUCUCUCACUGACUGUGUGUGAGUGUGACCCUGUUCAGACCUGGUGUAAACGUCCAUCCUGAGUGAUUUGAUCACAAGUGGGUGGGGCUAACUUCAGGCGUGAACACACCUUGAUGUUGAGGAAAGAUCCGAUUAACCCAGACCAUGUACAGAGAGUAUUUCACAUUUAACAAAAAGUCAUUUUCACCUCUCUGUUUCUCAUACUUUUAAAUUAGGGCUGGGUGAUAUGUCCCAGGUUUUUUUUCUUUUCUUGUCUUUUCUUUUUUAAAAUAGUUCAUAUCAAUAAUUAUCAUAAUAAACCUCAGAUAAUUAAACACUAAGAUUUUUGCUUCUCAGUGAAAGAUAAUAAUAGUUGUUAAACUGAGAAACGUUACACACUGAGGCAAAACUUACAUUAUGUCUGUGUAAUGCAUCAAGAUUGUAUCGAUCUGUUUGUUUUAGUUUUUAUUUGAGGGACAUUCCACAUGUAUUUGAAUAGGGAACAUCAACAUGUAAAUAUGCCUGAUUAUACUCAAAAUAUUCGAGUACAUGCACUAAAAGAUACCCAAAAAAAACAACUGAGCAAAACAAGAAAAAAAUAUAUAAACUUGACAAUAACAACAGUAUCCCCAAAUAAGAAGCAUGGUAGACUGUAAUCCAGUUACCAAAACAACACAUUACUAAAAUGAUAUUGUGAUAUAUAUUGAAUUAUUGCCCAGUCCUAAUAAUUAUUUUUGUCCUCUGUUACAAUAUUAACAUUAAAAUAAAAAAUUUAUAUUGAUUUUCUAUAUUUGUAUCACAAAUGAUUAAAAUAUGUCAGCCCUUCUCUCUCACUCUCUAAACACAAUUUGAUUUUCGCAAAUCCACUUGUGAUCGGAUGAUGGUUGAUAAGUGUGUGGGAGAGAAUCUUGUCUUGAGCUCAGUAUUUGGUUGUGGCUUCUUUUUUUUCUAAAAAAAAAUGUUGCUUUAACAGCUGUAAAUGUAAAUUUAUUUAAUGAAUGUAUGUUUUCCAACACUGAAGCUUAUUUUCCUUCCUCCAGCUGAUAUUGUCCUGUAAAUACUAAGUUGUAAUAGCAUCUAGCACAUACACGGGGUCAUUAGACACUCAAAAGAAUUGCACCAUCCUGUCUCCUAUCGACUAAGUCACCAUCAGUGGUCUUAUUAUCAAUAAAUAUACAAAUAACA